AUGACCUCGACAGGCGGCGGCUUCACACCAGACACAGGCGUGCAGGCGAACUUGCGCCAAGCCUCAGGCGGAGCGCACCCGGGAAGCUGGCGGUGCGGGCAGCGAGCGGGCCCUGAGCUGACAGAUCCAGGGCUUGGCCAGGACUGUGGACUAGCGGACCGGCGAGUGCAGGGCGCAGCCAUGAUCACUUCAGCCGGAGUGGGGCCGAGUGACCACCUGGGCAUCCCUUCCAGCCACACCCCCGUGCCAGGACUGGGCCGGGCUCCUGGGCGGUCGCUGGCCCGCAGGAAGGGUUCCUUUCUUCUCCCGGUCCCCUUCUUGGUCAAGGGACCCCCUAAUGCUCCCCCUCGGGUGUUCCGAACAGGGUGGGCCCCAGUGCCAUCAGAAGAUAUAAAGCAGUUUCGGAAUAAAGUAUUGAGAGUCCUGGUUAAAAUCUACAUGAACUUGGAAAAGCCCGAUUUCAUCAAUGUUUGUCAGUGCUUAAUUUUCUUAGAUGACCCUCAGGCCGUGAGUGAUAUCUUAGAAAAGCUGGUGAAGGAAGACAACCUGCUGAUGGCCUAUCAGAUUUGUUUUGAUUUGUAUGAAAGUGCUAGCCAGCAGUUUCUGUCAUCUGUAAUCCAGAAUCUUCGAACUGUUGGUACCCCCAUUGCUUCUGUGCCUGGAUCUACUAAUACGGGUACUGUGCCAGGAUCAGAGAAAGACAGUGACCCUAUGGAAACGGAGGAGAAGACAGGCAGUGCACUGGUAGGGAAGACACCAGACGUGAGUCCAGAACCCAAGGACCAGACACUGAAAAUGAUAAAAAUUUUAAGUGGUGAAAUGGCUAUUGAAUUACACCUACAGUUCCUAAUACGAAAUAAUAACACAGACCUCAUGAUUCUGAAAAACACAAAGGAUGCAGUACGAAAUUCUGUAUGUCAUACAGCAACUGUAAUAGCAAACUCAUUCAUGCACUGUGGUACUACCAGUGACCAGUUUCUUAGAGAUAACUUGGAAUGGUUGGCCAGAGCCACUAACUGGGCCAAGUUUACUGCAACUGCCAGCUUGGGUGUAAUACAUAAGGGUCAUGAGAAGGAAGCAUUGCAGUUAAUGGCAACAUACCUUCCCAAGGAUACUUCUCCAGGAUCAGCCUAUCAGGAAGGUGGAGGUCUCUAUGCAUUAGGUCUCAUUCAUGCCAAUCAUGGUGGUGACAUAAUUGACUAUCUCCUUAAUCAGCUCAAGAAUGCCAGCAAUGAUAUUGUUAGACACGGAGGCAGCCUGGGUCUUGGUUUGGCUGCAAUGGGAACUGCACGUCAGGAUGUAUAUGAUUUGCUGAAAACAAACCUUUAUCAGGAUGAUGCUGUGACAGGGGAGGCAGCUGGCCUGGCCUUAGGUUUGGUUAUGUUAGGUUCUAAAAAUGCCCAGGCUAUUGAGGAUAUGGUUGGCUAUGCACAAGAAACUCAACAUGAGAAGAUUCUUCGUGGUCUAGCAGUUGGCAUUGCAUUAGUGAUGUACGGGAGGAUGGAAGAGGCUGAUGCUCUCAUUGAAUCUCUCUGUCGUGAUAAGGACCCCAUUCUUCGAAGAUCUGGAAUGUAUACUGUGGCCAUGGCUUAUUGUGGCUCUGGAAACAACAAAGCUAUUCGGCGCCUGCUACAUGUUGCUGUGAGUGACGUUAAUGAUGAUGUCAGGAGAGCAGCAGUAGAGUCACUUGGCUUCAUUUUAUUCAGAACACCUGAACAAUGUCCGAGUGUUGUUUCUUUGUUGUCAGAGAGUUACAAUCCUCAUGUGCGCUAUGGAGCUGCAAUGGCUCUGGGGAUCUGCUGUGCUGGCACGGGAAACAAGGAAGCAAUUAAUUUACUAGAGCCAAUGACAAAUGACCCUGUGAACUAUGUGAGGCAAGGGGCUCUGAUAGCUUCAGCUCUCAUCAUGAUCCAGCAGACGGAGAUCACUUGUCCAAAGGUUAAUCAGUUCCGGCAGCUGUAUUCCAAAGUCAUCAAUGACAAGCAUGAUGAUGUCAUGGCCAAAUUUGGCGCUAUUCUGGCCCAAGGCAUACUGGAUGCAGGUGGUCAUAAUGUCACAAUCUCCUUACAGUCCAGGACUGGGCACACUCAUAUGCCUUCUGUGGUUGGCGUCCUUGUCUUUACCCAGUUCUGGUUCUGGUUUCCCCUUUCACACUUCCUGUCAUUGGCCUAUACCCCUACCUGCGUCAUUGGCCUUAACAAGGACUUAAAGAUGCCGAAAGUUCAAUAUAAAUCAAAUUGUAAACCAUCCACAUUUGCAUAUCCUGCCCCUCUGGAAGUACCAAAAGAAAAAGAAAAGGAAAAGGUUUCCACUGCUGUGUUGUCUAUUACUGCCAAAGCUAAAAAAAAAGAAAAGGAAAAGGAAAAAAAGGAGGAAGAGAAGAUGGAAGUGGAUGAAGCAGAAAAGAAGGAAGAGAAAGAGAAGAAAAAGGAGCCUGAACCAAACUUUCAGCUGUUGGAUAAUCCUGCACGAGUUAUGCCUGCCCAGCUAAAGGUCUUAUCGAUGACCGAGACCUGCAGAUACCAGCCUUUCAAACCACUCUCCAUUGGAGGCAUCAUAAUCCUGAAAGACACCAGUGAAGAUGUUGAAGAACUUGUGGAACCUGUGGCAGCACAUGGCCCAAAAAUUGAAGAGGAGGAGCAAGAGCCAGAGCCCCCAGAGCCAUUCGAGUAUAUUGAUGAUUAAAGAUCAGGGGAUUUCACCUGCUCAGCUGAAGAUGUCUGUCCAGGCGCAUACUCACCUGUCUGUGAGUGGACCCACGCUAGACCUACUUGAUGCACGGAUCGUGGCCUACGCUGACUAAAGAACCUGUGUCCUGAGUCUGUGGUUGAGAAGAAGAUACACGAUUGUUGAGUGUGCUCUUUCACAGAAAUUGGUUUUCAAAGAAAUAUAUUAAAAUCUCCAGGUCAACAAGACUUUA